AAUACCAGGUUUAAGGCUAAUUUUUCUUCACGUGUAUGUGUGUCGUCCUGGUCACCUCGGGAACUGGAAAGUGUGCUCCCGGUGGCCUGUGCGGGAAGAGUCACUUCCGGCCCAGGUGUGCGAGGCCGUGGCCCGCGUUCCUCUCAGAAAGGUCUGCACCAUUUCCUGGAAGAAAAGAGGAGCAAAUGGCCCAAUUGCAGGAGAUGGUGACGUUCAGGGAUGUGGCUGUCGUCUUCAGCGAGGAGGAGCUGGGGCUGCUGGACGCUGCCCAGAGGAAGCUGUACCGUGAUGUGAUGCUGGAGACCUUCAGGAUGCUGCUCUCAGUGGUACCCCAGCCCUUUAUACUGGGUCUGAUAGCCCAGUUGCAGAAUUUAGAGGAGCUUUGCAUGGUGGAGGCCCAAGAAGGAAGCCAGGAUGGACGUGCUGUGGAGAAUGAUGAAGACAUGGAGUUAAGCUCCCUUUGUCCCAGAGAGCUCUCCUCCUGUCAGAUCUGGCCACAGGGUGCAGGCUGGUUACCCAGGGAUCAGGAUCCCAUGAAAAGAUGUCUAAAGAGCAACACCGAGUCUCAGAACCAAGGAGAUUCUUCCUUCCUGGUGUGCGCAGGGAGGCUGGUUCAGAUUUCUGAGGAUGGGAACUACGUGUUGCCUCCUGUAGAUGAUAACUCUGCCUCUCUGAGAAGUCAAGAGUUUCCUUCACUGAGAGCCCAGCAGUCUUGGCAGGAAUCACAUCUCAGUGGGUCGUGUAAUUGCCAAUGGAAAGGUCAGCGAAUGCCCACGAGAAAUCAUUUCCGUGGAUGCGACAGCGUCAGUUGGUUCUCAUACCACAGUGACAGUGAGGGGUUACACAGAAAGGGGGAAAGCUGUAGUUUCCAUGACCUCAGAGAAGAGACCAUGAAGGUAUCUUCACUUAAGCAGGACUUCAUUAAACUAGGGCCGGUGCCCUGCCCAUGUAGUGAGUAUAGAAAAGCCUGUGGCCAUGGUGACAGCAAUGAGCCUGGCUCUCACACACAUCAACAGUUCAACUCAAGAGGGAAGCCCUGUCCAUGCAGUUCACAUGGGGAGGGCUCUCAGGACAGGUCAGCUCUUUACAUCCAUCAGAGUGUGGAAACAGGAGAUGAAGGUACGGCUGAGAGUUCUCUUCUGUGGUCCCCUCUGAGACUGUGUACAGAGCAAAUGCUGUGCCAGGGCAGUGAGAACGCCCAUCAUGCCUCCCCUCUCAACCCUUGUGGAUGUGUCCACCCAGGCGACACCUCCCAGAAGAGCGGCAUCCCUGAGAAAGCUUUGCCUUGUUGUUUACACUAUAAUAGUAAUUUUAGUGUCCACACUAGGGAAGAGCCCAAAAAGUGUAAAGAGAAUGGGAAUGUUUCUAGUCAGAGUUUGUAUCUUCAAGCUAAUCAGGAUAUCCAAGCUGAAGAGAAACUAUAUCCAGGUAUGGUAUGUAGAAAAGAUUUCACACAUUGCUCAAAUUUUAACACUGAGCACAGAGUUCACAUGGAUGUCUAUAACUCUGAGUGUGGUGACCACUUCAGUCUGCCCCCACAUUUCCAGGACUUUUCAGCAGUGUACCCCAGGGAACAACCACAUAAACAUUUAUGCAGUACAAGCUUUGAUCAAAAAUUCUGUAUUCCAAGCCAUCAACAACUUGACGUCAUUGAGAAACCUACUUAUAAAGAGGGUGGGAAUAUCUCUAACUGGAGUUCCAGCCCCCAAGAUCAGCAGAAACCUAAGCCACACAAAUGCAACACCUGUGGGAAAGGCUUCAGUGACAGAUGGGUUCUUACCAUUCACCAGAGAGUCCACACAGGAGAGAAACCAUAUCAAUGUAAGGAGUGUGGGAAGUGCUUCAGUCAGAGUGCCUACCUGCACUCCCACCGGAGAGUUCACACUGGAGAGAAACCAUACAAGUGUGAGCAGUGUGGCAAGGCCUUCAGUCGGAGUUUCUACCUGCAAGGCCACCAGAGAAGUCACACUGGUGAACCAUACAAGUGUGAGCAGUGUGGGAAGAGCUUCAGUCGAAAUUCCUACCUGCAAGACCACCAGAAAGUUCACACUGGGGAGAAACCAUACAAGUGUGAGCAGUGCGGGAAGAGCUUCAGUCGAAAUUCAAACCUGCAAGACCACCAGAAAGUUCACACAGGAGAGAAACCGUAUAAGUGUGAAGAGUGUGGAAAGGGCUUCAGAUGGAACUGUAAUCUUCAAAUUCAUCAGCGGGUUCACACAGGAGAAAAACCCUAUAAAUGUGGAAUAUGUGGCAAAGGCUUCAGAUGGAACUGUAAUCUUCAAAUUCAUGAGCGGGUUCACACAGGAGAAAAACCCUAUAAAUGUGGAGAGUGUGGCAAAGGCUUCAGUAAGGCCUCAACUCUCCUGGCCCACAAGAGAGUCCACACGGGAGAGAAGCCUUACCAGUGUGGUGAGUGUGGGAAGGAAUUCAGUCAGAAAUCAUAUCUUCAAAGCCACCAGAGCGUUCACUCUGGAGAGAGACCAUAUAUACGUGAGGUGUGUGGGAAGGCCUUCAGCCAGAGAGCAUAUCUACAAGGUCACCAGAGAGUCCACACCAGAGUGAAACCAUAUAAGUGUGAGGUGUGUGGGAAGGGCUUCAGCUAGAGUUUCCGCCUCGAAGCACACCACAGGGUCCACACGGGGAAAACCAUACAAGUGUGAUAUGUGCAUGAAGGGAUUUAGUGAGAGUGUCCGUCUCCUAGCACACCAGAGGAUCCACACAGAAGAAAGACCCUACAAAUGUGAACAGUGUGGUAAAGGCUUCAGUGGGUAUUCCAGUCUCCAGGCCCAUCACAGAGUCCACACUGGGGAGAAGCCAUACAACUGUGAGGUGUGUGGGAAAGGCUUCAGCCAGAGGUCAAAUCUUCAAGCUCAUCAGCGACUUCAUACAGGAGAGAAACCCUACACGUGCAAUGUGUGUGGUAAGGGUUUUCGGUGGAGCUCAGGCCUUCUGAUCCAUAAAGAGUCCGUAGCAGUGAUAAUUUCUAUAGGGGGGGGGAAGAGUACAGGAAUGGCCAGACUUCUGAGAACCUAUGCAGAAAUGAAGGCCUGUCAAAUACUGUUCUGUUUUGUUAAUUAAAAUGUACUUUGUACCCAACAUGAAUGCCAGGGAAACAACAUGGUAUAGAGCCCUACUGAGAGCUUGCUGAAGUCUCAACAAGCUAUUGCAGAGGAUCAAGAACUUUCCAACCUGCAUGUCAGCAGAAAUUAACAAAAAUAUUAUGUCCAUGUCCUCCAGAACAGAAACUUGAUGACAGAGUCUUUGUCCAUUGCCAGGGUUUCAAGAGCAUGAUUGGAGAGGUGGCUCUGCCAUGAUGAGCACUGGCUGCUUUUGAAGACCACAUGGCAGAUAUCUGACACCUAUAUCGGGCUCAGACAUAUGUUCAGGCAAAACACUCAUACACAGAAAAAUAAGUAAAUAAAU